AUUCCUUUCUGAUUUUCAGUUGCUCUCAUUUUUGGACAAACUCGUCUGAAGAUGUCUGGCCGUGGAAAGCAAGGAGGGAAGGCACGCGCCAAGGCUAAGACGCGAUCAUCUCGGGCUGGGUUGCAGUUUCCAGUUGGUCGGGUCCAUCGUCUUCUUCGUAAGGGGAAUUAUUCUGAGCGAGUAGGCGCUGGAGCUCCGGUGUACUUGGCCGCCGUGCUGGAAUACCUUACUGCGGAAAUCCUGGAAUUAGCUGGCAAUGCUGCUCGUGACAACAAGAAGACUCGCAUCAUUCCCCGACAUCUUCAGCUGGCUAUCCGUAACGACGAAGAACUUAAUAAGCUGCUAGGUAAAGUCACCAUUGCCCAGGGUGGAGUCCUGCCCAACAUCCAGGCUGUGUUGCUGCCUAAGAAGACUGAGAGUCACCACAAACCCAAGGGCAAGUAAAACUACCAAAUUCUGCAGGAAGCUGUAGAAAGCAGCAUUUGAACCC